AUGAGUUCUCCAUAGGAGGGAAUUGAUGUAAUUAAGGACUAAGAUGCAUUCCGGAGUUGUCUAUAGAUCUUGGGAAAUCUGUUAAAGGAGAAUUUGGAUCUGCUGGAAACUUUUGCUGAGAUGUUUAGGAAGAUGCAGUCAAUAAAUGAAUUUUUUGAUCUUUAUGAAGCUUUGCAUUAUGAACUGAAAAUCAGAUGCGAAGAAACCUUAAGCAUUAUUGGAUAACUGAACAAUCCCCAAAUUCUGGGGAAAAGCAAUGAAAUACCCAAUAUUAUAACUAAUGAUCAAAAACCAUCAAUCCAAGAGUACAACAUAAUUGAUACCCAAAUUUAUGACCUAGUGAUGGAUAUCAAUAUGAGUUCGUCUUGGAAGUUGUUGGUGAACAACAAUGAACUGAAGGGAGCUAGAGUUGCAGUGCUUGGUUUGUAUGACAAAGGGAAAACCCAUAUUCUAAAUCAAUUAACCAAUCAAAAUCUCCCCACAGGAUCCAAAAUAACAACCAAAGGCAUCAGUUUCAAACAAUGCAUUGUUGACAAAAAUAAUUCAUUUGUGUUGAUAGAUACAGCAGGUAGUUAUGCACCUGAGAAUCUUAAGAAUUUAAAAGAGAAAUAAUAAAUUGAAACUGCAAUCCUGGAGAUAUCAUUCGAAUUAACUGACUAUUUCAUUUGCGUUGUCAAUGAUUUCACAAGCAUUGAAGUUAGAUAUUUAGAUUAAUUAGCUCGUAAAUUAAGCACCUCUCUCAAACAAUUUAAGGAAAUUAUAGUAAUCCACAAUCUUAAAGAUAUUACAAAUCCAAAUCUGAUUCAGCAUGUUUGGUAAGUAUAAAUUGAAAAAAUCUUAGAAGGAAAUAUAUAGAAGUCUACUGUUGAAGCAAUGAAUCCUUUCACAAAUCAAUUGGAAGAAAAGUCUGUUCUGUGGUUCAACACAGAAACGAGUAGACACAUAUGUAUUGUAAAUGACAACUCUGAUUUGGGCAAGAGCAUUAAUCCUUGGACUUAUAGUCUUCUCAAAUAUUGGUUGAAAUUGGUUGUCGUGCCUCAUCAAAAGAAAACACUAAAAUAUGAUGACAUUGUUGAAGUUUGCGAAUUAAAAAUUAGUACUCUCUUGAAAAAGCAAAUCAAACUAACCAUUUAAGAUACGCAUCUACCAAAUGAAAAAAGAAUCGUCAAGUAAUAAGCAACCUCCCCCAAAUUCACUUAAAAUAUUUCCACAGCUAAACUGAUGUCUACACCUGUAGAUAUUGACAAUGAGGAAGGUGAGGAAUAUGAACCCUAGAUCGAUAUUAUCCAAGGAACUCAAUAUAUAAUCCUUAUCGAUUUGCCAGGUGUAUCACUUGAGGAAGUAGAAAUCUAUAGGUAGAAUGUUUCUACCAUUGUUCGAGGACAUAAAAAGAUCUCGAUGUAUACAAACAAAGCAACUUAUAUCAAGUAAGAGAGAAAAUCUGGUCCUUUUGAUUUAAGAUUUAAGAUCCCUGAUGAGUAUGAUCCCAAAUGGAGAUAUUAUGGAAUGAAUAAUGGGGUUCUUGGGAUUGUUUAUAAUCUCGAUUCAGAGGACUCGAUUUUACCAAAAAAGAAUUAAUUUUGA